AUGGAUAAAUUUCACGAUGCUAAGAGCUUUACUUCUUCAAGUAAAAAAAAUUCCAAUGAAAAAAGCGUUGAUGCAGAUUCUAUGAUUAAAAACAUCAUCUCUCAAGACACAUUUGUUGUAAAUAAAGACCAUCAAUUAUAUUCGAAUUUGCCAAAAUGGAUGAUACCAAAAUCUGGUUUUGUGCACCCAUUGUAUGAGCAGAUUUGGCAAUAUGUGAAAUCUGAUAGACGUGAUAGAACUUGUGAUACUCAUUUAGUUUCACAGUUAUUGAUGACUAGUGGUCUACCUGUUGAUGUACUGGGUCGAUUAUGGUCUAUGGCUAAUGUUGGUGUUGAAGGAUCAUUAUCUCAACAAGAACUUUACAUAAUUCUGGCCUUGAUUACACUGGUUCAGAAUGGAUAUUCAGUGUCUAAUGUGUCAUUGUUGCAACAUAUUCAUAAACCAAUAAUACCACAAUUAAAUUAUACAAUUAUCGAGAAAAAAUAUAAUGUGUCAACAGUGAAAUCAAAUAUUGAACAUAAGCCACAACAACUAGCAAACAAGCCAAACUGUAACAUCAUUCCAUCAGAAGAAUACGACCCUUUAGCAGUAACAUUCAUAGAACCAAAAAAUCAAAUGUCUAAAAUUAUGUCCCCAUUAUCUACUAAUCCUGAACCAAAAUCUUUAGACUUUGCUCCAGUUAAUGAUAGUUUUGAGACAUUUGAUGAUGAGUUUUCAGAUUUCCAAUGUGCUCAAUUUACGAUCACUGACAGUAAAAAUAAUCAAGAAUUUACAGAUUUCCAAUCAGCUUUUGAUACAUUGUCUUUUAAGGAAACCACUAAGAUUAUUGAUAAAACUGCUAAAGUGUUAAAUGACACAUCAGCAGAUGUUGUUUCAAAUUUGUUUGAAAACCAACAAAAUGUGAUUACUAGCGAAGAUGAUAUUCUUGAUAAAUAUGAAGUAUUUCGAACUUUGGCUGCAGAAACUGAUGAUGUUAAAAAUAUCAUAAACAAAAAUAAUCAUAAUGAUUUUUUGGAAGUAAAACCUGUUGAAUGUAUUAAAGAUAAUGUUAAAAAUGAUGUUUAUGAUGAUGAAUUUGGAGAUUUCUUAUGUGUUGAGGAAGUUUUAAGCAAUAAACCUGACAUUGAAGUGGAUUGGAAAAACGUACAAGUACAAUGCAUAAAUAAAUGUUUGGAGUUUUUGCUAGAAGGUUUCACUACAUUUUCAAGCAUAUCUGAUGAGAAAGUACUUAUGGAAGUUUUAACUCACAAUAAAGGGAUUAACUAUAUGAUACAAUUGAAUUUAAUAAGUCAAAUUUGUCAGCGAAUACUUAAAAGCUGUUAUUGUCCAUCAUUAGAAGAUAGAUUAAAUGAUGUGUUGUCUAAAUUGGAAACAUACUUAAAUAAUUGUACAUUUAAAUCAACUAAUACUAUAGAGGUUUUAGGUUCAACAAAGGAUUUCAUACCAUGUUACUUAUGCAAAUGCAAUUGCAGUACAGAUUCUACUGAAUACAUGCUAAACCUCUACCACUCAUCUUGUAUAAAUUUAUUGAUGAAUUUUGUUCAAACGUCUCACCUUUCUGUUAAGUAA